UCAGUUACCCGGAAAAAUUUUAACCGCGACUAUUCAAAAAUAUAUUCACUAUGGAUCGUUGGCAGAAUCGCGUAGCUGUUGUUACUGGAGCCAGUUCGGGAAUUGGAGAAGCCUGUUGCAAGGACUUGGUGGCCAAGGGCUUGAUCGUUGUGGGACUAGCUCGUCGGGAGGAGCGCUUGACGCAGCUGAAGAAAUCUCUACCGGCGGAUCAACAGGCUCGCUUUCACAUUCGCAAAUGCGACGUCAGUGUGGAGCAGCAGGUGGUGGAUACCUUCGCCUGGGUGGAUGAGACUCUGGGUGGGGCAGACGUCCUUGUCAAUAAUGCCGGCAUACUUCGAGAAUCCGAAAUUACUAAAGCUAACAACUCCGCUGAUAUGCGCGCCGUCCUUGACACCAAUGUCCUAGGAUUUGUCUGGUGCACCCGCGAAAUAUUUCUAUCGCAGGAGAAGCGAAAUGUCACCGAUGGCCACGUGGUGGUCAUUAAUAGUAUAGCGGGUCAUAAAAUUCCCAUCGUUCCGGGUCUGAGCACGAAUAUGUAUGCUCCAUCAAAGUUUGCUGUCACAGCAUUGGUUGAGGUCCUGCGCCAGGAAUUUCUACAGAAGAAAACCCAGACUAAAAUUACGAGCAUUAGUCCCGGUGCCGUUGACACGGAGAUCAUCGAUGACAAAAUCAAAGCGAAUCUUCCGGAUUUACCCUUGUUGCGAUCAGAGGAUAUUGCUGAUGCCGUUUCCUAUUGCAUCCAGACUCCUCCAAACGUGCAGAUCCAUGAGUUGACCAUAAAACCUGUAGGAGAAAUGUUUUAA